AUGUCUCAACCAUCGCGCCUCUUCCAACCGCUGAAAGUGGGAAAUGUAACCCUACAGCAUCGCCUGAUAAUGGCGCCUUUGACCCGUUUUCGCGCCAACGUGGAACACGUACCUCUUCCGUUCGUGAAGGAAUACUACGAGCAGCGCGCCUCGGUACCGGGGACUCUACUCAUUACUGAGGGAACCUUCAUCACGAGGCGAGCAGGAGGGUAUCUUAACGUCCCGGGGAUCUGGUCCAAAGAGCAGAUAGCAGCGUGGAAGGAGGUCACAGACGCCGUCCACGCGAAGGGCUCUUACAUCUACGUGCAGCUCUGGGCGUUAGGCCGAGCUGCUACCCCAGACGUCCUCGCGGCCGGCGGCGCCGAUCUUAUUUCCGCCAGCGCCAUACCAUAUGAGGAAGGCAAGCCGGUUCCUAGAGAGCUAACGAUCGACGAGAUCCGGUCGUUUGUGGCCGAUUACGCGCAGGCAGCUCGUAACGCGGUCGAGGCGGGCUUCGACGGUGUCGAGAUCCACGGGGCCAACGGAUAUCUAAUCGACCAGUUCAUCCAGGAUGUGUCUAAUCGCCGGCUAGACCAGUACGGCGGUAGCAUCGAAAAUCGCGCACGCUUCGCGGUCGAGGUUGCUAACGCCGUCGUUGAUGCUAUCGGUGCCGAAAAGGUUGGGCUUCGUAUAUCCCCUUGGUCCACGUUCCAAGGGAUGCGUAUGGAGAACCCGAUUCCGCAAUUCACAUACCUAAUCCAGGAGCUGAAGAAGCUAAAGCUGGCGUAUCUACACGUCGUCCAAUCGUCACAAAUCGACGAGAACACAAACCUAGAAGCUACCGAGAAGAUUGCGUUUGCGGUCGACGCGUGGGACAACACGUCCCCUGUCCUCGUCGCGGGUGGCCUCAAAUCAGAUAUUGCGAAGAGGAUAGUAGACGAGCGAUUCAAGGAUAACGAAAUUGCUAUAGUAUUUGGCAGGUAUUUCAUCUCUACUCCGGACUUACCGUUUCGAAUAAAGAAGGGUCUGCCUUUGGCCCCUUAUAACCGCGGUACCUUUUACAUCCCAGAAAGCAGAGAGGGCUAUACGGACUAUCCUUUCAGCGACGAGUUUAUCAAAGCGUCGGCUUAG